AGGAAAUGACGAAGGCAGAGGUCUUCCAGGUCCGUGCGGUAACCGGUUCCUGCGAGUCCGGGCCCAACUCCGGGGGGAAGGCCCCGACAGGAGCAGCCUUACCGCCUGCCGCCUCCGGAGCGAGCAGCCCGCAUGCCUGGGGAUGACGGAGUGAUGGGUGACGAUGGCUCCAUCGAUUACAGCGUUCAUGAGGCCUGGAAUGAAGCCACCAACGUUUACUUGGUAGUGAUCCUCGUGAGCUUUGGCCUCUUCAUGUAUGCCAAGAGGAAUAAAAGAAAAAUUAUGAGGAUAUUCAGUGUGCCACCUACAACAGAAACUUUAUCAGAGCCCAAGUUUUAUGACACCAUAAGCAAAAUUCGUUUAAGACAGCAACUGGAAAUGUAUUCCAUUUCAAGGAAGUAUGACUAUCAACAGCCACAAAACCAGGCUGACAGCGUGCAGCUCUCGUUGGAGUGAAUUCUCAGAAAAGAAGCAAUGCAAGUAAUUGUUAAACAGUAUAGUAGUAGCAAACUCCUAAUUCUACUAAAUCAUGCACAUUUUUAAAAAAUAUUCUUUCUCCAUAAAAUCAUUUUACUCGUGAUUUUUAUCCAAUUUUUUUUGGUCUCUUUUGUUUUGCUUUUUAAAAUUUCAUCUCUGACUCAUUUGUUACAGAAAUAAAAAUUGGUUCAAAAAGCCUGAAAACAGGAGGAUAAACCAUAACCAGAGAUGGUGAUUUGAAGACUUCUGAUUUCUUCAGGAUAUAGUCAGGCAGGAAUGAAAACCCAUCUUUGGAAGUGAGAGUCUGAAGUUUAUGCUACUUUGAGUUGAAUAUUUUUGAAAAAUCAAAAAAAUGAAAAUCCAGUCAUUGGUAUAAUUUCCUCUGAUUGUAUUCUGUGGUAAAUAUGAUAUGGAUAGCUGACCGAUUUGUGUUCUCAUUGCUGCCCUACCACUUUUUAAUUGAAUUAACUAUUUGCUUAUUCAGAACUUAGCAUAGUAGACUGCCUUUUGUGUAACAUGAAGUGUACCCAUCUGAUACUUAUGGAAGCUUUCUGGAAUUUUUUCCCCCUUGAUUGUGUUCCUAGGUGUUUGCUUGCUUUUUUCUUUAAUUCUACAGUUUCAUUUCCACCAUAAGAGUCUCCUUUAGGCCAUAUUGGGGCCAUGUUGCCAAAUAAAUGGACACUGCUAUAUUGGUGUUAGCAACUUGCUUUUAGGUCAUAUGACUGUCUAUGUUUAAUGUAACUGUCUGGUUUCUUCUUCUUUUUGGGGGGGGGCAUAAUAAGCUUCGCUGAAGACUCCCAUAUCUUGUACCAUUUUGUACUGUACAUUGAAAUGUUUUACCUAAUUGUUCAUAUUUAUUUGAAUUACAGCUGGUUGGAGAUAGUGGCAGGGAAGUUUAACUGUCCGUGUAACUGGCCAAGAAUUAGAAUUUUUUAAUCAAAGGUAUUCUUUUAUCCUCCCCUGAGGAUAUGUUUAUUGAUUUUUGAGAGAGAGAGAGAAAACAUUGAUGUGAGAGAGAAGCAUCGAUUGGUUGUCUCCUGUACAUACCCCUGACUGGGGAUUCAACUCAAAACCCACGUAAGUGCCCUGACCAGGGAUCGAACAUGCAGCCUUUUGGUGCAUGGGACAAUGCUCCAACCAACUGAGCCACCCAGCCAGGGAGUCAAAGGUAUUCUUAAUUCUAAGAGUUAAUAUUUCAGCAUUAUUUUCUUUUCUCCUUAUAAUUGUAAAGCGAACUAAUAUAAAUUUUAAAUAAAAAGGUUUAGACCAAAUAAAAUCAGUCAGUGGAAUUGUUUGCUUUUAAAAUUUAAUUAGAGCAUUCAAAAAUGUAUAUAUUGUGCAAGGUGAAUUGUUGACCAAAUGGACUGGUUCUUUCUUAACUCACAAAUGAAUGCACUGCCUACACAUAGAUGAAAAACUGUGUAUAAUUAAAGGAUUGUAAACAGUUAUAAUUGUACACGGGGGGUAGCAGAGCAGUAAGGAGACAGUCUUCAACUCUGCUCUGCUCUAGGAGACACACUGCGUGUUUCUGUGGGCAGGGAGUGUCAUCUGGCAGGAGCCGUUUACCUGCUGUCACUGACAUGUGGCACGAUAUGGACAAAUUGCAAACCUGGCCAUCUCAGAUAAUUUGUGAAGAUAGUGUACAUAAGUAAACAUAAAUCGCAAUGGAGUUGACUGUGGUGGUUUUUGUCUGCGUCUGCUAGGUAGUGAUAGUCAUAACUAAAAACUGGUUGAUUGUUUGGUGAACAUCAAACGCUGGCAAGUGAGAGAGGAUGAAUUCCUCAUUUUUUCUCUAAAGUGAACUGAUGGGAAUCACUCACCCCCACUGGCAGGAACAACAGCAAGUCGGCCUUUGAAGUUUCUUCUCUGCUUCCACAGCUGAGCUGGGAAAGGCAUAGAAGCCUGCAGCCACACUUCAAAGUGAUGGCAGCUGAUUGUCCUGCCUCUGCCCCCUGCCCGCCCCCACCAGUCCACCAUUCAGUGGAACUAUUUUCUUUGGAAGAAAAAUGGAAUGACUAAUAAACUGGUAAAUAACA